AUGGCCGGGCAAAUCGAUCCAAUACGCGCUGAAUUGGUCGGCUGGACACCGAGGGUCCCCCGAAAUCUUUUGGCUUCUUUGCCCCCGCUCGGCCGCAAAACUGCUCCAAAACUGCCCCAGAACAUUUCGUUCAGUCCCCCGCUGACCUUUGAACUUCCGGUCGGCGAACGGGACGGGAGCCACCCACUCACGGCAUUCGCACGCGCACCGCGUACCACGGAGCCACGGCCUCUCCACUACCUGUACGACUCGCUUCCCCCAAUUCCGGCAUUGUGUCACCUUUCCUUUGUCGUCCACCCCACCGUCGCGACAGCUCCGAGGAGCAAUUGGCCAGCAAAGAUGAGCCGCUUCUCUACCGGCCGCCUUCUGGCGCAGAACCUCUUCCAGGCCUUCAACAAGCCCGUUUUCCCCAGCGCCACGCCACUAUGGACGCGGGCGUUCUCACAGACCGCCGCAAGGAGGGAUGCCGACUCCGAAAGCUCAGCCAAGUUGAUGGAGUCUUUGACUCGGGGCAUUGUCGGCAUGGCCGCAGAUCCCACCGAUUUGACCGGUGACAAGCUUGCAACCAACAUUGGAUUGAGGGAUACCGAGGACGAGCCAUACCACUUCCACAUCUACUCGCACAAGCACAACACUCACAUUACCGUCACCAAGCCGAAUCGCGACGCUCUCAUAUCCCUUUCGUGCGGCAACCUUGGCUUCAAGAAGUCUAACCGCAAACACUACGACUCGGCAUAUCAGUUGGGCGCCUACGUGGUAGACAAGAUGCAUCAGAUGAACCUGCACAAUAAGAUCAAGAAGAUGGAGGUGGUCUUACGAGGAUUCGGCCCUGGCAGAGAGGCGGUCAUCAAGGUCCUGCUUGGAAAUGAAGGAAGGAUGUUGCGCAGCUCCAUCGUGCGUGUCAGCGAUGCCACACGCCUCAAGUUCGGUGGUACAAGGAGCAAGAAGCCCAGACGUUUGGGUUAAGCGAGUGCAGCUGGUCUUGGGGACAGAACUGGAUGGGGAGCCGUCACAGCCUGGCUGGCAGCAAUGGGCUGGCGGUCGUGUACAUGUCAUGUAUAAUAAAGAAUCUGUCAUUGAAUUGCAUGUUAGGAUACCCGGAAGGGGACCGCAUGCCGAUCCGCUUCCAGGUUCUGUUCUCUUCAUUUCUUAUGACAUUUAGAAGG